GAACAAAGCAAGCCAGAAUGGACAUUUACGACACUCAAACCUUGGGGGUUGUGGUCUUUGGUGGAUUCAUGGUUGUUUCUGCCAUUGGCAUCUUCCUGGUGUCGACCUUUUCCAUGAAGGAGACAUCAUAUGAAGAAGCUCUAGCCAACCAGCGCAAGGAGAUGGCAAAAACUCAUAACCAGAAAGUAGAGAAGAAAAAGAAGGAGAAAACAGUGGAGAAGAAAGGAAAGACCAAGAAAAAGGAAGAGAAACCCAAUGGGAAGAUACCUGACCAUGAGCCAGCCCCAAACAUGACCAUCCUCCUCAGAGACCCAGUGCGGGCACCUGCAGUGGCUGUGGCUCCAACCCCAGUCCAUUCCCCUGUGGUCAUUACCCCUAUAGCCACGGUAUCAGCCAUGCCCCAAGAGAAGCUGGUCUCCUCUCCUAGGGACAAAAGGAAGAAAGAGAAAAAAGUAGCAAAAGUGGAACCAGGAGUCAGUUCUGUAGUGAAUUCUGUCCAGGUUCUUGCCUCAAAGGCUGCCAUCUUGGAAACUGCUCCUAAGGAGGUGCCUAUGGUGGUUGUGCCCCCAGUGGGGUCUAAGGCCACUGGUGCUGUUCAGGGCAAAAGGGCAGAAGGGACCCAGAACCAGGGCAAAAAGGCAGAGGGAACCCUAAACCAGAGCAAAAAGGCAGAGGGAGCCCAAAAUCAUGGCAAAAAGGUAGAAGGGGUUUCAAACCAGGGCAAAAAGGCAGAGGGGGCUCAGAACCAAGGCAAAAAGGCAGAGGGGGCCCAGAACCAGGGCAAAAAGGCAGAAGGGGGCCAGAACCAGGGCAAAAAGGCAGAAGGGGGCCAGAACCAGGGCAAAAAGGCAGAGGGGGUCUCUAACCAGGGUAAAAAGGCUGAAGGGACCUCCAACCAGGGCAAAAAGGUAGAGGGGGCCCCCAACCAGGGCAAAAAGGUAGAGGGGACCCCCAACCAGGGCAAAAAGGCAGAAGGGGCCCCCAACCAGGGCAAAAAAGUGGAGGGGGCCCAGAAUCAGGGUAAAAAAGCAGAGGGGGCCCUCAACCAGGGCAAAAAAGUGGAGGGGGCCCAGAAUCAGGGUAAAAAAGCAGAAGGGGCCCCCAACCAGGGCAAAAAAGAGGAGGGGGUCCCAAACCAGGGCAAAAACGCAGAGGGGAGCCCCAACCAGGGCAAAAAGAUAGAAGUUCAGAAUCAGAGCAAAAAGGUGGAGGGAACUCCCAAUCAGGGUAGAAAGGCAGAGGGAGCCCAGAACCAGGGCAAAAAGGCAGAGGGAGCCCCUAACCAGGACAGAAAUGCUGAUGGGACUCCCAUCCAGGGUAAAAAGGCAGAGGGUGUCCCUAACCAGGGCAGAAAGGCAGAGGGGGCCCAGAAUCAGGGCAAAAAGGCAGAGGGAGCUCCCAACCAGGGCAAGAAGGCAGAGGGUGCUCCCAACCAGGGCAAAAAGGCAGACGGGGCUCCCAACCAGGGCAAAAAGGCAGAUGGGGCUCCCAACCAGGGCAAAAAGGCAGAAGUGGCUCCCAACCAGAGUAGAAAGUCAGAGGGGGCCCCCAACCAGGGCAAAAAGUCAGAGGGGGUUCUCAACCAGGGCAAAAAGGCAGAGGGAGCCCAGAAUCAGGACAAAAAGGCAGAGGGGGCCCAGAAUCAGGGCAAAAAGGCAGAGGGUGCCCAGAAUCAGGGCAAAAAGGCAGAUUCAGUCACUAAUCAGGGCACAAAGGCGGAGGGUGUUGCUAACCAGGGGAAAAAGGCAAAUGGGGCAUCCAAUCAAGGCAAGAAGGCAGAAGGAACCCCAAACCAGGGCAAAAAGUCAGAAGGGUCCUCCAACCAGGGCAAAAAGGUGGACGUGUCUGCCAAUCAGGGUAAAAAAGCAGAGUCAGCUCCUAACCAGGGCAAAAAUGCAGAUAUGGUUCAGAGCCAGGAGGUGCCAAAGCAAGAGGCUCCUGCAAAGAAGAAGUCUGGUUCAAAGAAGAAAGGUGAGCCUGGGCCCCUGAACACCGACAGUCCUCUCUACCUCCCCUACAAGACGCUGGUCUCCACGGUCGGAAGUAUGGUGUUCAACGAGGGCGAGGCCCAACGGCUAAUUGAGAUCUUAUCUGAGAAAGCUGGUGUCAUUCAGGACACCUGGCAUAAGGCCACUCAGAAGGGCGACCCUGUGGCGAUUUUGAAACGCCAACUGGAAGAGAAGGAAAAGCUGCUGGCCACAGAGCAGGAAGAUGCGGCUGUUGCCAAGAGCAAACUGAGGGAACUCAAUAAGGAGCUUGCAGCAGAAAAGGCCAAGGCAGCAGCUGGGGAGGCCAAGGUGAAAAAGCAACUGGUGGCCAGGGAGCAGGAGAUCACAGCUGUGCAGGCUCGAAUGCAGGCCAGCUACCGGGAGCACAUGAAGGAGGUGCAACAGCUGCAGGGCAAGAUCCGAACUCUUCAGGAGCAACUGGAGAAUGGCCCCAACACACAGCUGGCCCGUCUGCAGCAAGAGAACUCCAUCCUGAGAGACGCCUUGAACCAAGCCACAAGCCAGGUGGAGAGCAAGCAGAAUGCGGAGCUGGCAAAGCUCCGGCAGGAGCUUAGCAAGGUCAGCAAGGAGCUGGUGGAGAAGUCGGAGGCAGCACGGCAAGAGGAGCAGCAGCGGAAAGUUCUGGAGGCCAAAACAGCUGCUUUUGAGAAGCAGGUCCUGCAGUUGCAGGCAUCUCACAAGGAGAGUGAGGAGGCCCUGCAGAAGCGUCUGGACGAGGUCAGCCGGGAGCUUUGCCGCUCACAGACCAGCCAUGCCAGCCUUCGGGCAGAUGCUGAGAAGGCCCAUGAACAGCAGCAGCAGCUGGCUGAGCUGCACAGCAAGUUACAGUCCUCUGAGGCAGAGGUGAAGAGCAAAUGCGAGGAGCUGAGUGGUCUACAUGGGCAGCUCAAGGAGUCCAGGGCAGAAAAUUCACAGCUCAAAGAGAGAAUCCGGUCCAUCGAGGUCCUGCUGGAGGCAGGCCAGGCCCGGGAUGCCCAGGAUGCCCAGGCUAGCCAAGUGGAGGCCGACCAGCAGCAGGCACGCCUCAAGGAGCUAGAGUCCCAGGUGUGGUGUCUGGAAAAGGAGGCCACCGAGCUCAAGGAAGUGGUUGAGCAGCAGAAAGUGAAGAACAAUGACCUCCGAGAGAAGAACUGGAAGGCGAUGGAGGCACUGGCUUCAUCUGAGAGAGCCUUUGAGGAAAAGCUGCGCUCCCUGACCCAGGCCAAGGAGGAAUCCGAAAAGCAGCUCACCCUGACGGAGGCACAGACCAAGGAGGCCCUGCUGACUUUGCUCCCAGCGCUUUCUAAUUCAGCCCAUCAGAAUUACACUGAGUGGCUCCAGGAACUCCGAGAGAGAGGCCCGGAGCUGCUGAAGCACCCGCCGGUGAACACAGAGCUGCCCUCUGACCUGGCCUCUAAGCUGAGGGAGGCUGAGGAGACCCAGAGCAGCUUGCAGGCCGAGUGUGACCAGUACCGCACUAUUCUGGCAGAGACAGAGGGCAUGCUCAGACACCUGCAGAAGAGUGUGGAGGAGGAAGAGCAGGUGUGGAAGGCCAAAGUCAGCACCAUGGAGGAGGAGCUCCAAAAGUCACGAGUAACAGUGAAACAUCUCGAAGAGAUUAUAGAGAAGCUAAAGGGAGAACUUGAGAGUUCAGAUCAGGUGAGGGAGCACACCUCGCAUCUGGAAGCAGAGCUGGAGAAGCACAUGGCAGCCGCGAGCGCUGAGUGCCAGAGCUAUGCCAAGGAGUUGAGGCAACUUUUAUUAGAAUCUCAAUCUCAGCUGGAUGCAGCCAAGAGCGAAGCCCAGAAACAGAGCAGUGAACUUGCCCUGGUCAGGCAGCAGUUGAGUGAGAUGAAGAGCCACGUAGAGGAUGGUGACGUAGCUGGGUCUCCAGCUGCUCCCCCAGAGGCCCCCCCAGCAGAGCAGGACCCUGUCGAGCUGAAAAUGCAGUUGGAGCGGACAGAAGCCAUUCUGGAGGAUGAGCAGAUGCAGCGACAGAAGCUCACAGCCGAGUUUGAAGAGGCUCAGAAUGCGGCAUGUAGGCUACAGGAGGAAUUGGAGAAGCUUCGAGCCAGGCCCCUCGAGUCUGCAGAAGCAGAGGCAGCCGCACAGCUGAAGGAGAGACUAGAAAAAGAGAAGAAGUUAACGAGUGACCUGGGACGUGCUGCCACCAAAUUACAGGAGCUCUUGAAGACAACCCAGGAGCAUCUGGCAAAGGAGAAAGACACAGUGAAGAAGUUGCAGGAGCAGCUGGACAAAACAGAGGACGGUAGCAGCUCAAAGGAGGGCACCUCUGUCUGAGUCUCCUCUGCGGAAAAAGAAGUUACUGUUCAACUUACCAAAAUGCCUUAUACAUUCCUUACAAAUACACAAGCCGACACAGCGUUAUCCAGGUCCAACUCCGGUGGCUCUGAGAGAAGCCAUUACAGACAAGAGUCUCUUAGAACCACAGAAAUAGAUCUUCCAGACCCCCACUUUGUAAGAGAACCUGUCACAUUCGAUAAACACUAUUCCCCAGGACCAGCCCUGGACCACUGCAGAGCAGACACCAAAGCCCUUAUCAGCUGUGACAGACCCCAGGGUGUGUGCUGGGGAGGCCGGGACCUCUGGCUGUCUGUAUGUCGAGAUCAGUGCAAUUGUUUUGUCUUUCAGUAGGUCGGGGGUUGGGAGGCGGGUGGACCAGAUGGUGAGUCUCAAAGGCUGUGGCACAGACUGGAGGGGCCUAGCCCAGCCCAACAAGGCAGCAGCCCCUCACCCCUGGAAGAAGUUACCAACCAGAACUGAUGUGUGACCUCCUGGAUGUUAAUGCCAUUAAAACCAACAUUGUCGUCUGGC